CCGGAGGGAGAGAGGCUCGCCCCCGGCCCCAUGGGCUGAGUGUCUAUGUGUGCUAGCCUUCUGUCCCUAACCCUGCCCUUGUCCCUGCCCUCGACCUCCUUCCCGCCAGGCGCCAGACCUUCCCCUCCGGCUCCCGAUUGAUUCCCCGGCAGAGGAAGACCAGGCAGAGGACCAAAAGUUUCCCAGGCGAGGAACCGGUGGGAGGAGGGACAAGGUAGGUCCCGGUCCUGGCCCUACCUUGAAGAUGUACGAGAAGCGGCCGUCGGUGAGCUAUGGCCCAGAAGCCAUGUACCGCCCGGAGGUGUACGAGAAGCGGCCUUCAGUGAGCUAUGGCCCAGGAAUCGUGUACCCCCCAGAGGUGUACGAGAAGCGGCCCUUGGUGAGCCACGGCCUGGGGUCUCCGCCCCCCCAAGAGGCAUGCGAUAGGCAGCCAUCAGUGAUCUAUGGCCCUCCAAGGUCUCAAUGUGCCUACAUGGCUUCACCCCCACCUGGCUCCUUCUACCAGGAGGAUGUGCCCCAGUACUUCUACAGGUGGACCUCCCCUCCUGGUUUGGUUCGGAUCCUUCAGGGGCUGGUGAUCCUGCUGUGUGUGACCAUCUUUGCCUGCGUGGCCUCAACCCUGGCAUGGGACUACAACUACGGAGGCCUGAUGGGCUACGGGAGUGGGAUGGGUGGCUAUUACGGCAGCUCAGGCUAUUACCCGGGCAGCUACUAUGGCGGGACCAACCCGAGGGCGGCCAAUGGCUUCAUGAUCUCCAUGGCUGUGCUCUGCUUCCUGAUCUCGCUGGGGCUCUUUGUGGCGGGCUUGUCCAAGUCACGCAGCACCCGCUCCCGCCACUUCUACCUGCUGGUGCUGGUGGCCAGCGCCAUCCUGGCCUUCUUCGUGCUGAUCGCCUCCAUCGUCUACAUCCUCGGGGUCAACCCCCGCGCCUCCAUGGCUGCCGGCUCCGGGAGCUUCUAUUACAACCAGAUUGUGAUGCUGUGCUCCCAGGUGUACUCGUCCCCAAUCGGGGGUGGGAUCAUGAACCGCUACCUCUACCACUACUGCAUGGUGGAUCCCCAGGAGGCCGUGGCCAUCCUCUGUGGCUUUCUUAUUGUCACCCUCCUCUGUGUCAUCUGUUUCUUUGCUCACAAGACCCGAUACAAGAUCUGGAGGUUUGGCAAAGUCAACAUCUACUGGGACAAGCCCCUGGCCUCUCCUGACGGCCCCAGUAUAGAUGACUGGGAGAAGGCCACAGUGGGUGGCACUAACAUCCAGGAGGACGUGGCCACGCUGGCGUAUUCAGAGAAGCCCACCAGCCCCCUGACCAGCCCUUACAGUGCCCCUCCGGAGAAAGCCUAUGAAGACCAUAUCACCAGUGUCCCAUCCCCUGCAAAGACUGGCGUCAGCUCCCUAAAAGAAGGGAAGACAGCUGCAAUCCACCUCCCUACCAGGCGGGGCCGGCACCGAUACCGGCACCACCCGGACCUGGACGAGUCACAGUGUGAGACGGAUUUCACCACGGCGGUGGAGUCCAGUGACGAGAGGGACCGGAACGAGUGGGUCAGCCUCUACCCACCCAUCACCUCGGAUGAAGCCCGCGAGGCAUACAAGACAGAGUUUGACAUGGACCUGAAGCACUACAAGAAGCUCUGUGCCGCUAUGGAUGACAUCAACGACCAACUCAGCCAGCUGAGCCGGCAGCUGGACAACCUCCCUGAGGAUGGGCCUGAGUACCAGAUGCCCGAUUACCAGACCAAGAAGCUGGAGAGCAAGAACCUGCGCAGCAAGCUCUUCCACAUCAAGCGCAUGGUCAGCGACUACGACAAACACCGUGGGUAGAGGCGAACCCACCCCCUCCACCCAGACCUCCCAAAGUUCUGGGUUUCCUAGUGGGAGCAGGGUGGGGGCCUGCCCAUGGAGCCAGAUGGACCUUCCCAGCAUUCUCUGGGCCAUUACCUGCCCUUGCCCACCACCCUCCACUUCCCAGAGACCAGGCUCCCGACAGCUGGGUGGAAGGAGGCCAAAAGGAAAGGGAUCUGUCCCAUCGGUACCCUUUUUUCAGAAGGAGCUCAUAAAGAGGGAUCCCAGACUUCAGGCAGGUCACCCAGAGAGCAGGCACCCCUGGGAACGUACCCAUCGCCCCAGGGUACAAAUUGCUUUGAACCCCACCCUGGCCUGCUCUUUCUCUGGGGCAGGGAGCAGCAGAUUCCACUCUUUCUCCUUUUGAGUGUGGCCAGGGAUUCCCGUCUCCAGGAUCUUAUGUCCUGUCCCCCAUUUCUCCCUCCCCACCUAGGAUGGAUCCCUUGGCCUCACUGAACCCCUUUAAGGCCCCUUUUCCACCCCACAUCCAGGCCCAGGGGAGAGAGAGACAGAGCUGAAAGAGGAGAGCCUUGGGCUGGGGGUAGAGAGGAGAGGGGAGAAAGAGAAAGGGCCUCGCCCUCUCUGUCAGGCCUCCAGCUCCCCCUCUGCCUCCCUCCCCACCCCUCUGCAGCCACGGCAGGGAGGGGCCCUGGGAAGUGAGAACCACCCAAACCAGCUGUUUGUGGAGCUGCCCAGUCCCCACCCUUGGGGUGGGAAAAUCUGUAAACAAAUGUGAAAAAAUAAACACUUCCAUCUGA